CGACGCUGGCGGCAGUGACACAGCGCAGCGGGCACGCCCUGCCGCCCAGGCCCGGAAGGGGCGAGGCCCGCUCAGCGCUCGCUCGCUCGCUGCGGCAGGAUGGCUGCUCCGCGGCGCUGGUGGCGGCGGCUCCGCUUAGUGCCGGUGGCGGCCCUGCUGCUGCUGCUGCUCCCGGGCCCGGUCGGCGCCGCCCAGUUCUCCAAGUGGCGGCUGCCGGUGCCUCUGGGGAAGAAAUUUUUUCAUUUUGGAAAGGUUCUCUUCAGCAAUACCACAAUUUUCCUGAAGUUUGAAGGAGAUGAGAAGGCUUGUGAUCCCUUGCAAGGUUAUAAUGUUACCUGGUACUUUAGACAUUCUGAUUGCUACGAUGAAGUCUCCAACUUUGGGGAUGAUCAAGCCAUGUCUUAUUUUGGAGCUACUUCUGAAGCACGUACGGGUUGGUCAGGAUCCUAUGCCAUGGCUUCGCUCUUCUUCCCCAACUGUUCUGAGCUCUUCAAACCACAGAUUUUCUAUAAAGAGUAUAUUCCCCUAGAACGCCUCUCAGAUGAAAAACAAGAGAGUUUAAAAGAUAAGGCGAAUGCAACAAACCACACAAUGGUGGCAGAGAAAACUGCAAGGAAUGCUGUGAUCCAAACCCAGAAAGAUGGGCCAUAUAUCUUCAUUGUGCAAAUUGGGAUUUCAGCCUUGAACAUGAAAAGGAGGGAGAUAAUGGCACCGUCCUCUGAUCCAAAAGAGAGUCUCUUUACAAUGACUGUGGAACUGAAGGGUCCAUAUGAGUACCUCUCUCUUGCAGACUAUCCUCUCAUGAUUUUUUUCAUGGUGAUGUGUAUCGUGUAUGUGUUCUUUGGAGUUCUGUGGCUUGCGUGGUCAGCCUGUUAUUGGCGGGACCUCCUGAGGAUCCAGUUCUGGAUUGGUGCGGUUAUCUUCCUGGGAAUGCUGGAGAAAGCAGUCUUCUAUGCAGAAUUCCAGAAUAUCCGCUACACGGGAGAAUCUGUCCAAGGUGCACUGAUACUUGCAGAGCUGCUUUCUGCAGUGAAACGUUCACUGGCUCGAACUCUGGUAAUCAUCGUCAGCCUGGGAUAUGGGAUAGUCAGGCCUCGUCUUGGAGUCACUCUUCACAAAGUAGUUACGGCUGGAGUGCUCUAUUUAUUAUUUUCUGGCAUGGAAGGUGUCCUUAGAGUCACAGGGGCACAGAAUGAUCUUGCCUCCUUGGCUUUUAUUCCCCUGGCUUUCCUAGAUACUGCCCUCUGCUGGUGGAUAUUCAUCAGCCUGACUCAAACGAUGAAGCUGCUAAAACUGCGGAGGAACAUUGUGAAACUCUCUCUUUACCGGCAUUUCACCAACACUCUUAUCUUGGCAGUAGCAGCAUCUAUUGUAUUUAUCAUCUGGACCACCAUGAAGUUCAGGCUGGUGGAUUGUCAGUUGGACUGGCAGGAGCUGUGGGUGGAUGAUGCCAUCUGGCGACUGUUGUUCUCAAUGAUCCUUUUUGUCAUCAUGGUUCUGUGGAGGCCGUCUGCCAACAACCAAAGGUUUGCUUUCUCACCAUUGUCUGAGGAAGAUGAGGAUGAACAGAAAGAGCCCAUGUUAAAGGAAAGCUUUGAGGGAAUGAAAAUGAGAAGUACAAAACAAGAACCAAAUGGAAAUGUGAAAGCAAACAAAGCUCAGGAAGAUGAUCUGAAGUGGGUAGAAGAGAAUGUUCCUUCUUCAGUGACUGAUGUUGCUCUCCCAGCCCUUCUGGAUUCAGAUGAGGAAAGAAUGAUUACACACUUCGAAAGAUCCAAAAUGGAGUGAAGAAGCAGCUUCUUGAAAGUUCUGUUUCCCGUAGGCUGCCCAGUGGAUCAGGCGCAUCCUACUUCUCUCUCUCGAUCUUCACCGUUGGAACUGGACCCUGUAUUUGAGCGAGGGCAUCUUACGCAGUUCACUGUGGAAGAGGUUCACGAGGACAUUGAUAAACCUUUGAAAAAUGUUUGAAUUUACAGUGAAUUUACAAGUUUGGAUUUUUAAGUGAUUUAAAUGUGUGUUCCAGCACCUUCUGUAACUUUCUUCAGAUAUUUAAUCUGUCAAACUAAAAGUCCUAACAUCUGACUGAGGGACUAUGAAUUCAAUGUUACAAUUAACUUCCACAGGUCAACUACCUGUUUUUGGUGGAGGGUAGAAGAAGGUGGUGAAGAGUUACUUUAGAAACAACCUUCCCAUUUUAUUGAAAAUAAUGGCUAAUAGAUGGAGACUGCGCAGCUGGCUUAGAAGGAGAGGAGGUUUUUGAGUAAGAAGCCCCAGUAAUUGAAGGAAAUCAAUUGAGAUACCAAAAAGGAAAUAUUUUGAAAAAGUUACAAUGAUAUUGAUGUUUUUAACAAAACCAAGUGCAAUUUUAUUAACAACACUGUGUAUAGGAAAGAUUUUCUAUUUUAAAUGUCAUUGACCUAGGAGCAACAGUUGCAUAACUUCAGCAUUUGUUGUUGUGGCACAUCUCAUUGCCGGCAAUGUGAUGGAUGCCUAAAAAUGACUUACCCAUACCUUCAAAGUGUUGCGUGGCCUAAUAAAAACUUCCUACAACA